AGAAGCUCUAGAACAAAAUAGACUACCAGUCCAGCCGACAAGCGGGUUUAGUUUGCGCAGCUGAAGGGAAUUAGAUUUACAAACUUUCACCUUUGUCAAAUUUAGCAAUAUUUCAGUCAAUAAGUUAGUACUAGUCCUAUUAAACAUUAGCAAUGUCAUCAUCGAUAGAAAUGACUGAAAUGUACGACAACGCUCUACUUGGGAUCUUACAACACGUUGGAAAUAUACAGGAUUUUCUACAGGUCUACUUUGGAUUUCUUUACCGAAAAACAGACUACUACCGUCUUCUUUCAGGUCCAAAUGACCGUAUGGGCUUUCCCCCUGGUGUAGCAGAGAAAAUGGUCCUCAAAACCUUCAAAAUCUUUGAGAAGUUUGCGAUUGCGGACCGGGAGCGCGAAGCGCAGCGCCGAGCACCCGCAGCGGUUCAAGAGCUGGAGGUGCAGUCAGGGCCAGCGGAGGCAGGGGCCGUCGCCACGGCGACAGCAGCAUCCAGCAGCAGCACGGACGAGUCCAGUGCUCCAUCCCCGUCGCCAUCUCCAGCUGUCGCACCGUCUCCAGCAUCUCUCGCUGCCUCUUCACGGUCCCAGGGCGCCAGUGUUGCGCAGCCAUCAGGAGGCGACCAGGCAGCGGCAUCCACCUCUGCAGGAGCCACUGCAGCAGACCCAGCCAAAUCAGCUACCGAGAGCAACCCCGACAGCUAUAAUGGGGCUGUGAGGGAGAACUACACCUGGUCCCAAGACUACAAUGAUGUAGAGAUCAAAGUUCAUGUUGAGCCGAAUAUCCUCAAGGGCAAACAGGUGUCCGUUAACUUUCAGUCAGACAGACUUCGCGUUGCCUUGAAAGAGGGAUCAACAGAGAGAGUCCUGGUUGAAGGGGAGCUCUGUCACAAGAUCAACACGGAGAACUCGCUCUGGAGUCUAGAGCCUGGACGAUGCAUCCUGGUCUCGCUCAGUAAGUUGGGAGAGGUGUGGUGGAGUGCUGUGCUGAAGGGGGAACAGGAGAUCGACAUCAACCAGAUCAACCGUGAGCGCUCCAUGGCAACGGUUGACGAGGAGGAGCAUGCAGUGCUGGACCGCCUGACCUUCGACUACCACCAAAAACUCCAGGGGAAACCUCAGAGUCAUGAAAUGAAAGUCCAUGACAUGCUGAAGAAAGGUUGGGACGCCGAGGGCUCCCCCUUCAGGGGUCAGCAGUUUGACCCGUCGAUGUUCGACAUCCCUCCUAGCGCUGUCCAGUUCUGAAGUUCACAUUAGCAAACAAACAAUCAAACAAACAAACAAACAAACAAACACCAACACAAACAAGCACACGUUCCUCAGCCGGCACACACCUGAUUUGUGGUGCACACCCUCCGGUGGGAGGAGAUAGAACACCUCAUGGUGUGGUGACCCAGCUUUGACUCAAAUGCCAACGAAAGGAAAGAGAGAGGCUUGAUUGACAGCUAUGAUAUCUGAUUGACUCUUGUGUAGGCCUUCCUCCUCUCCCUUUGUUUUGGGCAUGAUGGGACGUGUCUUUUCUUAGACAAGUUACAGUUACAAUGAAAUGUUUGCUUUUUUCAUGUGGUUAGCGUUCCGUGCUGAAGAGGAAAAUGUCAUGGGAGCUUAUGAUUGCAGUGUUGAAAUGGUGGACAGGUGACCCCUGUCACAUCACCUGUUUAUUGUAUUUUUCUUGCCCUCUUUUCAAACCAAACUUUUUUAUUUGGUGCGGUGGAGGGAUCUGUGAUGCAGUUAGAAAUCAACCUAAAUGUCAAAGGCCAAGGCCACCAUGUUGGUUUUAAAUGGCAUGUCGGAAGACGUUGGAAGAAUUUGACAGGCCAGAGUUUACUUUUGGGUCAUUUUGACAUAUUUUGCUUGUUUGUGUGUGCCUGAUUUCAAUAAAUACAGGCGUCUGUUUAACCUGAA